AUUCCAGCCGCAGCGAACAAUCGGCCCUCAGUUAUUUAUUAGCGCAGCUCGCCGCUCGGCUCAGUCUGCCGCUGCUCUCGCACACACACGUACAUGGAGCAGAGACGCGUGGGAAACCCGCGGACAUUGUAGAAUCGAGCGCAAAAACACGGGGAGAUAAUACAGCACAUGUGAAGCGAUCCCUGUGUGAUGAGACUCUCGAUCGAUUUGUGAUUUGUGAAGCACCAAACCCUCCAGCUCCAGGCGGUCAGUUUUUCGUUUUUCUUCCUGUUGAUUGAGAUGAGAACUGCUGAAGACUCCUCUGGAACGGUCCUGCACCGUCUCAUCCAGGAGCAGCUCCGCUACGGGAACCUGACAGACACCCGCACACUGCUGGCCAUCCAGCAGCAGGCCCUGCGCGGAGGCAGCAGCGGAGGGGGCACCGGCAGUCCCCGCUCCUCACUAGAGAGCCUUAGCCAAGAGGAGACCCAGUACAUCCAGAUGUCAACACGGCAGGAGCCUCAAGGCCAGGAGCACCAGGGCGACUGUCUGCACUCUGAGAGCCCUGUGUGCCAUCUGUACCAGCUCCAUGGUGAGGAGCUGCCCACGUAUGAGGAGGCUAAGGCCCACUCCCAGUACCUGAUCUCUCAGAAGGUGCAGGCAGAGCAGGAAAGCUCCUGUAUGGACAUUAUGGGCAGUCGCAGUGAGGGACAGUGGGAUCUGAAGAGGGAGCAUGCUCGCUCCCUCAGUGAGAGGCUCAUGCAGCUCUCUCUGGAGAGGAAUGCACCGAGAGCCAAUCUGGGUCUGAGCUUUUCAAACAGCUACCCACAGCUGUACAGCAAUAAUGCUACAAAUGCUAUUGCACCUGCCCGGCAUGGGGUCCAACAGUGUGUAGACCAGCGUGGGCCACCUCCGGACUACCCUUUCUGUGCCAGUCUUCCUGGAUAUAUGCUCAGUCACUCGCAGGAGCAUGGACAGUUCUACAGAGACCCUCCUCCCCCCUUCUACGCAGACCCCAGCAGGUAUGUGUCCGCUCAGUCCCAGGUGGCUCACAGCAGCAUCCCUGCAGCCUCAAGCAACAACUCAGCUCAGUCCGACGCGUUGAUAAGGGAGAAUGUGCGACUCAGGAAGGAGCUGGAGGUCUAUGCUGAGAAGGCCGUCAGGCUGCAGAAGUUGGAGUUGGAGAUUCAGAGGAUAUCUGAAGCUUAUGAGACUCUAAUGAAAGGUUCUGCCAAGCGGGAAACUCUGGAAAAAACCAUGAGGAAUAAACUCGAGGCUGAGAUCAAGAGGAUGCACGACUUCAACAGAGACUUGAGAGAACAACUGGACACAGCCACCAAACAGCGAGCAGCUAAGGAGGCUGAGUUUGUGGACCAGAAGCAGCAUGUCUUUGUCAAACUCCUGGAGCAAAAAGAGGAGCAGCAGCGAGAGUGUGAACGUCUGGAGAGGCAGGUUCAGCUCUUGCACAUCUCUGGAGAGGAGGGCCAGCGGAGACGAGAGCUGCUGGAGCAGAGUCUGGCCUCAGCACAGGCCCGCAACUGGCAGCUGGAGGAAGAACUGCAGAGGAAGAGGGCCUACGUAGAGAAAGUGGAGCGGCUGCAGAGCGCGCUGGGUCAGCUGCAGGCAGCAUGUGAGAAGAGGGAAGUGCUGGAGCUGCGGCUCCGCACUCGGCUUGAGCACGAACUGAAGAGCCUCAGGGCACAACAGUCUCAGAGGCGGGCAGCUGACCCCACAGCUUCAGAAUUGAGCUCGUCCACGUCGCAGCAGCAGCAGCUGAGGGAGAAAGAGGAGCGUAUCCUGGCCCUGGAGGCGGACAUCACCAAGUGGGAGCAGAAGUACCUGGAGGAGAGCACCAUGAGGCAGUUUGCCAUGGAUGCAGCUGCCACUGCUGCUACACAGAGAGAUACAACCAUCAUCAAGCACUCCCCCCGACAUUCACCCAACAACAGCUUUAAUGAAGAUCUGCCUUUGUCAAAUCAUAGGAAUCAGGAAAUGGAGAACAGGAUCCGGACGCUUCAUGCUCAGCUCCUGGAGAAGGACGCUGUGAUUAAAGUCCUCCAGCAGCGCUCCAAAUCGGAGCAGGGCAAGCUGGAGAGACAAGGGCUACGGCUGGCGAGGUCCGUCCCCUCCAUCAACACCGUGAGCAGCAGCACGGAGACUAAAGGAAAGAGCCUCUCGGAUGACCUGACAGGUGCUGCCGUGCUGCACCCCCGACCCUGCGCGGUGCCCAAGGGCCCGAGCAGAGACUCCAGCACCCAGUGUGACGAGGUCCCACAGGAGCUAAAGACGUCUGAUGUGAUCUCGGCAGCUACCACUGACGCCCCGGAGGAGCUGAAGGAACCCCUCAAGACAUUCAAAAUUGUCAACUGCUCAGAUGCAGAGCUGGUUGAGAUCCUCAUUUGAGUGUACAGUAAAGCUCAAAUAACAAAACUGGGGACAGCCGACAACAACAGACACAUUUGGCCGAGGUGUUAAGACGGUCUGGGGAGGAGAGCUGAGCUUUUCCUUCUACUGCUUCUGCGAAAAUUCACAAACUCUGACAUUUGCCUCGUGAUUAAGAAUUGUUCUCAGUACCUGGACAGCAUUGUGACAGGAACUCGGUUGCUGAUGUACGUACAUAUGUGGUGCAUGUUAUUAUUUCUUUUGUCAUGUAUUUAUUUUUUGUAAAUGCUGCUCAUAAUGUGAUAUUUCUUUUUUGAGAGGUGAGAAGAACAUGGAUCACUUGUCUUGCUCUGCUCCACAUUUUAAUUUAUUUACGAAUGACUCACUUCUGCAUCACAUGCAUAGCCGGUCUACACUUGGUUUCCAGUAGCAUGACUAUUACUGUGGGAAUAUUUAUUAAGCAACUCAGUGCAAGCAUCAUCCAUGCUUUCCUGCCAUGUGUGAGGAUUAUUCUGUUAAAGAGAACAACUCCGGCCUAAGUCAACAGUUGCUCCUCUCUUUAAAAAUACAUGUGAGGCGGAUGCUCAGCAGAGGAUUUGGAAACUUCCUUUGAAUGUGUAGCACGCUCAUUUCUCUCUUAAAAAAGCCUGCGAGGAUUGACAGUGUUCCACGGCCGUCUAAUUUUCCAGAGCCCGGGUUAAUUUUGGGGGGCCUCAGAUGGCGAGUGCCCAGCAUUUUGCUCCUCUUCGCCGACAUGCGGGAGCUGAUCUUCUCACAUUCCUCACUGAGGGAGUGCUCCUGUUAAAGAAAAAGGCCAUCUAAAGUCUGACCCCUCACCCCUUGUUAAAAUGGUAUGCAUUCUCCACAUGAUUCCUUUUCUGGGGCUAGUUAUUUCUUCUCAGCCUUGGUAGCUGGUUCUACCACAAGCGUAGAAAUGGUCACCUAUAAUUGGCCCGCAUUUGCUCCUCUAUUUGUCGACCCCAUCAUGUCACCGUGUUAUAUUCAGCUAUGUAUUUUCCCUUGCUCAAGUAUCGGACAUUUCUGAGUGGACUGUAUCCUUAACAUAGAAUCUUCUAUUUAUUUCUAACACUGCUGAGUGUAGACUCCUAUUUUCCAGGAUCAGGUUUUGUAGUCAACUGGAAUGUCCCACAAUUCACAUGUGUUAAACUCUACAGGGGAAUACCGCAGAAAUGUCAGCAUCAGUGGAUUUGAAAACAAGCCAAUGGCUUAUCGUCCAGUUUUUAAACAUGUUAGUAUGGAUCUGAAGAUUUUGAUCUCAGAGGAACAAACGCCACAUCCAUCUUUGCUUGAAGUCCACAUUGACAUGGUAUUCUCCUCAUAACUUCAUCACUGUGCAUUUGCGGGUCAGUGCAACGUGUCAGUUUGAGUUAGUGCCCUUCAGUUCUUUUGGAAUGUGUUUACAUAAAUGGUUAUUUGAAGUGAGAGAAGUUAAUAUAUUUUAAAGUUGUUUUUUUCAUUUGUAUUUGUGUAUUUGUUCUGUUUUCUGGUGCCAAAGAUGUACCCAACAAUUAAGUUAUAACCGAUGACAAAUACAAAAGGACUGUUGCUUCAGCUGGUUGACCCACUAUAAUGUUGCUGUGAACUUUUGUAAAGGAAACAUUUGUAUGUAUGCCUUAACAUUUCACAAUAAUUGAUAAAAAUUCUUAAUAUAUGUCUGAUAAA